AUGGAAAAAGCCUACACUGCUUUCAUGGGCGUCUGCAUAAAUUUGCUCACGCUCAGGUCCUACCCCACCAUACUGCUCCACUUUGUUGCCCUAUCCGUAACAGAACCCAGUUUCACAACUACACUAAUCUUCCAUAUUUCUGGCAUAUUUGCAUGUGAAACACUCAUCUAUGUUAUUCUGACUCACUCAUGGCCGUGGUGGUAUUAUAUCAUCAAUGCCUUGUUUUUUAUCCUUGCAACCUUCUUCUUCAAGGAUCAUAUAACUCACUUCUUCCGAGGAGAGGACCAACACACAGCUUCAAACGCUCAGGACAUGCCAGAUUUGGAAGCCCAGCAGCAAAGGGAAGGUGGUCCCUACUCACCUGGAAUCUCUCCAAACAAAUCAGAACGAGUCUCUCAGGCAGGAUCCAACACAGAUAUUUCUCUUUUAUCCGCCGCAACAAAUUUUCCGGUGAGAUCCUCGGCCAACUCUUCCACUGGGUCCCGACCAGCUAGUGUUUUGUAG